CCUCUCCCUUCCCGUGACGACAGCAAGGGCUUGCAGGCGUCACGUGAGCGCGGCGGGGAGAAAGUACACUUCGGCGUGCAAAGCUGCAGGAAGCCUCCUCUAUCCCUGACACGCUUUCCAAGAAAAACCCAAGAAAUAAAAGCCCCCAAAAUGCCCGCUUUCAACCUCUCCAAAGAAGCAGUCGUCGGGACUGCAGCGCUUGGGGUGGUUGCUGUUGCUGGAUUCCUAAUAGGCAGAAGAUAUUCAGACCUUCCCUUUGGAACUCCCAAAAGCCGUUUCCGAGGGAAAAACAGCCCAUUACUGCAGUACGUACUGGAUCACUCCUUGAGGGAGCACCCGGCUUUGAAGAAGCUAAGAUUGGUUACUUGGAACCUUCCCAAUAAAAAUAUGAUGGUGUCUAUUGACGAGGCCCAGCUUUUGGCCAACCUGGCGAGGCUGAUCAAAGCAAAGAAGGUCAUUGAAGUAGGUGUCUUUACAGGGUACAAUGCCUUAAACAUGGCUCUGGUCAUACCCGAGGAUGGCAGAGUCGUCGCCUGCGAUAUAAGCGAAGAUUAUGCCAAUAUCGGAAAACCAGUGUGGAAGGAGGCAAGAGUGGAUCACAAAAUUGACCUCCGGAUAAAGCCGGCCAUCCAAACACUAGAUGAACUUCUGGCAAAUGGCGAAGCUGGGACAUUUGACUUUGCUUUCAUAGAUGCUAACAAAGAUGGAUACAACGACUACUAUGAAAGAUGCUUACAGCUCGUGAGAAAAGGAGGAAUAAUAGCAAUUGAUAAUGUGUUGUGGUCGGGGAGAGUCCUUAAGCCAGCCAAAGAUGACCUGGAUGGCCAGCACCUCCAUCAGUUGAAUGAGAAGAUCUUCCGUGAUCCGCGAGUGAAUAUUAGCAUGCUCAACAUUGGCGAUGGGGUGACGUUGGCAUUUAAGCUGUAGAAGAGAAGCCCAGAUGCUGUAGAUGGGCUGGGCCCUCUAAUCACGGGAACAUUGAAGAUGAAAUGAUGUAUAUUUUUGACCUCGUCUCAAUAAAAUAGCCUAGACUUGAAAUCAGCAACCGA